AUGAGAAUCCUUAAACAUCAUGAGCAGAAACUACUGAAAAAGGUCGACUUUCUCAAUUACAAGCAGGAUGACAAUAAUCAUCGUGAUUUGAUGGUUAUGCGCCGCUACCAUAUUCCCAAAAGAGAAGAAUACCAAAAAUAUAACAUUGUUUGUGGUAAAUUUCGUCAAUUGGCUCAUCGUAUCUCCUUACUAGAUCCGACGGAUCCUUUUCGUUUAAAAUACGAAAACAUGCUGUUGGAGAAGCUCUUUGACAUGGGAAUAUUACCUUCAAAGUCGAAGAUGUCUGAUAUUGAAAAUCGAGCCAAUGUUUCUGCUAUAUGUCGUCGUCGGUUACCUGUUAUUAUGUGCAAACUGAGAAUGUCUCAAACUAUCUCUGUAGCUACAAGACUCAUUGAGCAAGGCCACGUUCGUGUCGGUCCACAUGUCAUUACUGACCCUGCCUAUCUGGUUACAAGGAAUUUGGAGGACUUUGUAACAUGGACUGAUACCUCUAAAAUUAAACGCACUGUUGCCAAGUAUAAUGAUAAGUUGGAUGAUUAUGAUUUACUCUAA